UUCGUCAAGCAAGUUCUCAGUAUCAAAGUUAGUGGAAGUGUGGAUUGAGCUGCGCUUUCUGGUUGGGUUUCUGUGCGGGGCGUAGGCUCUUGUGAAGUUGAGAAGUCCCUGAACUCUCAUCGCAACUUCUUAAGAAAACGAAUCACAUUGUCUGGUAUGAAAACUAUGAUUGAAGUGGGCUCGUGUUCCAUCAGAGGCUUUGUUGAGCUGACAGACAGUAGCUACAGUAUUCACAGAAGAUAACAGCAACCAAUUGAGAUUGUGUUCAUCUGUUGAAGACCAGUCGCUUCCAGCUGCCAUCAUGUCAGCAGACCGCGACCCGAAUCCUCCACAGCUUAUGAAUCCUCCGCCUCCUGAGGUGACCAACCCCAACAAGCCAGGCCGGAGGACUAACCAGCUGCAGUUUAUGCAGAAUGUAGUGAUCAAAUCCCUCUGGCGGCACCAGUUCGCCUGGCCUUUUUACCAGCCUGUUGAUGCAGUUGCCCUUGGACUAUCAGAUUAUCACACCAUAAUAACAUCCCCCAUGGACUUGGGAACCAUCAAGAAACGGCUAGAGAACAACUACUAUUGGAGUGCAAGUGAAUGUAUGCAAGACUUCAACGCCAUGUUCACCAACUGCUACAUAUAUAACAAGCCCACAGAUGACAUAGUCCUGAUGGCCCUCGCCUUGGAAAAGGUUUUCUUGCAAAAAGUUGCCCAGAUGCCACAGAGUGAAGUUGAGAUUUUUCUUCCUGCAGCCAAAGGGAAGGGCAAAAAAAGUAGCAUUCCAGGUGGGCAAAAUGGAACUGCAACCACAUGUUCUUCACCUACAACACCCACAUCUCAGCCAAGCCUCAGCUACACGUCUUCCAGCCCGUCCUCAAUGCCCAAACAACCAUCACAGACCCCCAUAAAAAAGAAAGGGCUGAAGCGGAAGGACAACUCCUCCAGUUUGGGUGAUUUAUCAGAGAGCAGGAGGAGACGGGGAAGCGCAGGCCGAGCCAAUAAUCCCUCUGACUUUGAAGAAACGGAGUUGCCACAACAGAAAAGUGAACAGGGCAGACUGAGCGAACAGCUCAAGUACUGCAAUGACAUCCUGAAAGAAAUGCUGUCUAAGAAGCACGCAGCCUACGCCUGGCCGUUCUACAAGCCCGUCGACGCUGAAGCCCUGCAGCUACACGAUUACCAUGACAUCAUCAAAUACCCCAUGGAUCUCAGCACUGUUGAAAAAAAGAUGGAAGGAGGAGAGUACCAGGACGCACAAGGCUUCGCUGCAGACGUUCGGUUGAUUUUUUCUAAUUGCUACAAAUACAACCCUCCACAUCAUGAUGUUGUCACCAUAGCCAGAAAACUUCAGGGUGUGUUCGAGAAGAGGUUUGCGAAGAUGCCAGACGAGCCGGUGGAGUUGAUUUCACUAAUGAGUGCCGUUAAGAGUGCAGGUUUUAGUGGGAUUAGUGCCAACAGCUCUUCCAACUUGGACAAAUCAGACUCUGCAGAGGAGCGUGCCACCCGCCUUGCUGAGUUGCAAGAACAGGUGGGUGCAGAACAGCUUAAAGCAGUUCAUGAACAGCUCGCUGCCCUCUCUGAAGUCCCUGUGAUUAAACCAAAGAAGAAAAAAGACAAGGACAAGAAAGAGGACAGCUGUCAAAAUAAAAGCAGUACAAAUUCCAGCUCCAGGCAGUUGUGGAAGAGAAGCAAAGACACGGAUGAUACAGAUGAUGAGUCUCUGCCGAUGACAUACGACGAGAAGCACCAGCUGAGCCUGGACAUUAACCGGUUACCUGGCGGCAAGCUGGGCCGGGUGGUGCACAUCAUUCAGACUCGAGAGCCCUCGAUGUGUGACACCAACCCAGAGGAGAUCGAGAUCGACUUUGAGAUACUGAAGCCGUCCACUCUGCGGGAGCUGGAGCAAUACGUGAAGUCUUGUCUGAAUAAGAAGUUUAAGUCAUUUCAAAAGAAAAGCAGUCAGGCUGCGCCUCAUCAUGUCAGCUGCAGCAGUUCUUCAGAUUCUGCCACCAGCAGCUCCACCGACUCCAGUUCAGAAAACAGUGACUCGUGACGACUGUAAAGUUUCUAUUUAUUGCUUCUUUAGUUACCAAA